AUGUCUGCCAAGGAGGAACCAACCGCAAAGCAAGAGGGAGCACAGCCAAACGCUGCUGCCGCCGGAGCACAAGACGAGCAGAUCAAUUUGAGAGUACAAAACCAUGAUGGCGCAGAGGUCUUCUUCAAGAUUAAGCGUGGAACUCCACUCCGCAAGCUGAUGGAUGCCUACUGCCUGAGACAAUCAAUCAACCCAAACUCAAUUAGAUUCUUAUAUGAUGGACAGAGACUCCAACCUGAGAGAUCCCCAAAAGAGUACGACAUGGACAACAAUGAUAUAAUCGACAUUGUCAUUGAGCAACAAGGUGGUUCAUUCUAA